UCGAAAUCAUCGCCAUCUUAGCUAUUGUUUACGUUUACCACUAUUACUAGUUGAAAAACCAAAAUCCCGACUGAAGUAGUUCCCCUAUUUAGUAAUUUUUAAUUUUUUUUAUAAUUUUGUUGGCUAUAAACAAAUGGAAACAGAAGAAGUUGAAGUUGUGGAAAUUAAUAAAGUUAACCAGCAAGACACAGAAUAUUUUAUUCCUGUUAUAUUACCAACAUCUUCCACAAAACCAACAGUUUCAGUACAUUCUAGGGGAAAAUAUUAUAAACAAACAUAUCGGCCGGCGUGGGAGCAUAUGCCCGAUUUUAAAGGAUGGCUGAGAGGGGUAGAAGGUGAGCCUACAAGAGCUUACUGUACAUAUUGUCACAAGAACUUACAUGCACAUAUGAAUAGUCUUUUAAAGCAUACUUGCACUAUAAGACAUCAAAAGGCUGCACAAUUACAUAGUGCUAGAAAGAGUAAAAUAGCAAUAAACAUGAAAGAAUCAAUAUCAGGCAAUGAAGAUGAUAAAGAUCUCUCAAAUGAAGAGUCUGAGUUAGAAGAAGAAGAAGAAGAUGACAAACCUCGAGAACUAAAACCAAUGACUGAAUCUAUUGCAGAUCAAAACUCGGAAACAAGAAUACUUCCUGAAAAACCUCCUAUAUCCACUCAAGUGAUGGACACAACAAAAGGAAAACCAAUUUCGGGACUUCAAGUGAGUCUAUAUAAGCUUAUUGAUGGAAGAUGGACUUUUGUUAAUGAGGGAAUAACAAAUAGUACUGGAAAGUUUUCAGAGUUUAUUGAUAGAGCUGAUUUUACGAAUGGAAGAUACAAAUUACAUUAUGAUGUUGAUAGAUAUUUUGAAGCCAGAAAACAAGAAACAAUUUAUCCAUUUAUAGAAAUUAUCUUUAACGCUGGUUGUACUGAAUCUCAUCAUAUUCCUCUAUUGCUGAGUCCAUUUGGAUAUACAACAUACAAAGGAACUUAAUUUAUUGCUAAUAUUUAAGUAGAUAUAAAUAUGUCUAGGAUACAAUUGAUACUGAAUAGAACGAUUUUAAUACCAUCACACAUAGAUUAUAACUAGGGUCUAUGCAGAAUUGUUGAAUUUCUUUCUCUUAAUGAAUUGUACAUUUUAGGGAUGAUGAAAUUUGUCAAACUUUUUACACUUGGGUAUUGAGGAGAAGAUUGCAUGCUGAUAUAUUCCAAUAAUGUCCGAUAACAUUUAUAAUAAAUCUUUUUCAUGAAUUUGAUUUUAUUGUUUUUUAAAAUAAAAUCGCUGAGAUUGGAUACCUUUAACACUUAUCUCUUUUUUAUAUAUUUUAUUACAUAGUUCUUUGUAUUAAUUUUUCAUUUAUUUAGUAAACUUAUUUUUAACUCCUCAAAUCUGAGACAGGACAGAGAAGAAUUAAUUAUAAAGUUUGAACUUACCUUCUACAUUAGUCUAAUACAACCAAAUAAGUGUGUAGUAGAUUUUCCGAAAUUUUUGGUCAAGUCAUUAGCUGUCACAUAUCAAGUAAAGAUCUAUUAGUUUGGUGUAUGCAACAUUUUCAGUUUAUUACUGGAAUAGAAAUAAUGCGUUUAUCCUUCCCAGGUGCAGUGAUAUUUUGUUAAAUUUACUGUGUUGAUAAUUUGUUGCCGCUAAUAUUUUACAAAAUAGUUAGACUGUACCAGACAGAAAACUUGCUCUAGUUUUAAAAGUACUAAUAAAAGUAUUUGAUAAUUUUAAUUAUGUAAAUAUUGUUGAAUAAUAAACGUU